ACCGUAAAAAGACUCGGCGUGGAUCAUAUACUUACAUGGAAAAGCAGAUUCCAUUUACAGGAAUACUUAGCAACAAGGCUGAAGAAAAUCCAGAUUUCUUCAACUGGAAUAGAAUCAAGCUUCGAUAUUGUGAUGGGGCCUCCUUUGCAGGGGAUAGAGAAGAUAAGGUUGCACAACUACAAUUUAGAGGACAACGCAUAUGGUUAGCUGCUGUUGAAGAUCUAAUGUCAAAAGGGAUGCGCAAUGCAAAUCAGGCUCUUCUGUCAGGGUGCUCUGCUGGGGGUCUGGCAUCUAUAUUGCAUUGUGACGAGUUCCGAAAUUUCUUCCCCAGAAGUACUAGAGUGAAGUGCCUGAGUGAUGCUGGAUUAUUCCUGGAUGCGGUUGAUGUAUCUGGUGGGCGCACUCUUAGAAAUUUUUUCAAUGGUGUGGUUAAACUGCAGGUACUAAUAGAGAUUUACUUUGUCUUCCCAUUUUCCUGAAAAUCUACAUGUUUAUCAUCUCCUGAAUGUGCACUAGUUACUGAGGGACUGGAAUGUGUUGGAGUUUUAAGCUUUAAAUUUUAGUGAUUCAACUACAUAAUCAAAUUUAGGCAUAGUAAUUCAUUAAAAAUUAUUUGUUUCAGACCAUGUAUAGGCUGUUGGAAAUUAAAAUUGAUUUUAGAUAAUAAAGUGUCAAGUCUAAAAAUUUCUAUACACACAAAUGCAUCCAUGGAGUGGUUCAUGCAUGUAACUAAAGAGUCUUAUGUGAAGUGUUCGUGUUUGUAGACGAGGAAUCAUGCAUUACAUGCUAUGAAGCACAAAUAAUUCACAAAGUGAGUCGUAUCCGUAUUGUACUUGUAUCGGAUACCGAUACUCCAUGGAUAUUUGCACACACCUAUCGGAUGCUUUUUUUACGUUUUUGAAACUUGAAAUUAAUUUUCUUUAAGUUUGAAAAGAAUCAGAUACUUACGGAUACUCUAGGUCACGUAUCUGAAUUAUUAUGAAAUUGAGAUUGUAAUAAUUUUCGCAUAACGCUAGAGUAUAAUUGUUAAGAUAAAUAUAAGAACAAAUUUUCAAUACUUUCCUUACUUUCUGGAGAAGAAGUAGAUAGUGAGACUAAACGUAUCCAUAAUAUGUCAUACAUGUGUCACAUAUCCAUAUGCAUGCUUCAUAAAAAAAUAAGGAUAAAUAAAAAAUAAAAUAAAAUUGAUACUGAAAUCAUAUUUCAAAUAGGUAGGUAAACUUUCAUACAAUAACUUUAAGUGUGAAAAUGAAAAACCACAAAGGCAAUACAACCAGUUUAGACUUGAUAUUGAAAUAAUU